AUGGACGCUCGCACUUACCAAAGCUCUUCGUGUCUGGGUGACACCGACUCAGAAAUCAUGAACUCUGCUGCUGAGUACGCCUACAGAGAUGCUGCAAACAUCAUUACAGAUCAAGGGGUCUCUCCUAAAAAUCGUGCCAACAGCAAUAGUGCCGCCAGCGAUGGACCCCCAAUGGGUUUAAAAUCACCGUACCAAAGUGAAUUGUCAAUGAGUUCCCUUACCAAUGAUAUCAGUGAUCUUUCUUUACACGCCAUGAAACAAUUGAUUCUCCCGCCAACUCACCGAAAGUCCCCAUUCCAUCUAGGCCUUCCAACCAAUGCCAAACCUAUCAAUAAGCUCAUCUUGAGACUUCAAACAUGGAUCAAGAUAUUGAAGUCUCUUGUUAAUUACUAUCAAGUUUUGGCGGUCUCUUGCCAACAAAUGUCGAAAAUUCACUUGAAUUUGUGCGAGGCUGUCAAUUUCCCAAUGUUUGUCAACGGCACAUCGACCGGUUUCAAUUACCAGGAUACAUUGCCAUUACCGGAAUCCAUAGAAGAAUUGGUUAACAACCGCGGAAGACCAACUCAGGGUUAUCCAAUUAUUAAUGAGCCAUUGGACCGGGCGGCCUUGCAAAAUUUCUUGCCAUUUGGCGCGGGGUCUAUCCAAGAUGCCCCAAACAAUUUGAUUCUUUACCACAAGAAUAUUUCCUCCACUAAUUUGAAGCUCAGCACUGAGCUCACCAACUACGUGAUCCCAAGGCUCGAAGAGCUUCGCAAAGACUUGAAUCAAAAAAUUAAAGAGAUUCGCACUUUAAGUGAUGAUUUCCGUAAUGAUUUGAAACAAGAAAUUGCCCUUACUGGUCAGAAGUUAUCGGCUUAUCUCGAAACUUUGGCUGGCACUGGCACUGGUACUCUGGCGGCGGCAGCCGGAAAUGGAAGUACAACGUCAACCGGGGGUUCUGAUCCAAUGAAAAGAUUCAAACAGGACCCAUUCAUGGCAAAAUUCCGGUUAGAUUAUCAACUCAAGAGCCAAAUUUUACAAGAAAACUAUUUACAAGAGGCGUACAUAAAUUUACAAUCCACCGCUGCCUCACUCGAAAAAAUCGUGUUCGAGGAAAUCCAAAAAAGUUUCCUUACCCAUGGUAAUGUCAUUGAUUCACAAACCAAAUUGAGCUAUAAAUUGAUCAUGAAAGAGAUAUUGCAAGACGGCCUUGGUAACAAAAAAUAUUACGAAGAAUGGAAUAGUUUCAUUGAUAGAGAUGAUGGCCAUAACUUUCUCAAAGAUUUGAAAGUUGGUAGUGAAUUACCAAAGGCCCGGAAACUUAGUGACAUAGAAUAUCCUUUCAAAGAUAAUUUCAUGAGCAAAUGUAUCAAAACUGGUUAUUUGAAUAAGAAAUCUAAACUCUUGAAAAAUUACAAAAAAGGCUUUUAUUUACUCACGGUUUCGUCGCUUUUUGAAUUCGCGGCUAAUAGCUCGGGGUUUGAAUUGAAAAACGCUGCCCCGGUCGCCAGUUAUAAUCUCAAUCGCUGUACUCUUUUACCAUUUGAUCAUUCCAAAAACAAGUUUGAGAUGAUUUAUAAACACCCAUCUCGAAAUAUUCCUGCUGAUACUACUGGUGCCCCUCAAGAAUCGAAUCUCAAAAUCAUUGUUCCGGAGUCUCUCCGAUCUUCUUCUGACGCUUCUGACCAGUUGGACGCCCCAUUCGCCAGAUCUUAUACCCUUCCUAGCCUUGAGAAGGAGUUUGGGCCUCAUGAUGAGACUGACAAGAUUUCUUUCAAGUUCUCCGAUCAGAAAGAAUUAUUGUUAUGGUACAGAUACCUCAAGCAACUUCUCAAGUUUUCCUCGGCUAAUGAACGUGCCAAGUUUAUUGAGAAACGAUCAUUGAAGUGUGGUAAUAAUGAAGCCACGAAAUCUCCUGCUGCAGCUGCCUCUUCUUCUCCUUCUUCUGAAACUGUUAUUAGGGAUGGCAUUGUGAUGAACGCUGAUGGGUUAUUUGGUCAGAUUACCGAGAAUAAUAGAAGUGAGAGCACAAUUACCAAUGAUGCUGCCGGAUGGAAUGAACAAAGAAACGAAGCUGGAGUAAAUAAUCUACAUCGUGAAAGUAAUGUUGGCUUACAAGGAAUUGCCCCAGAGAUUCUUAUUUCCGAUUUGACGGUGGAAGAAUCGAAGCAGUUAGCAGCACAUUAUCAUAGUCCAAUGCUUUCUCCUAAAUCCCGGCCAGUUUCUUUCCGUUCUAAUUCGAGUUCUUCGUUCAAUUUACUUAAUCCGGAUCAGAUUCAUGCGAAGAAAAGACCAACGUCAUUCAGAUCGCAUAGUAAUAGUCUGUUCAGUAAUUUGCUCAGUACUAUGACUGGCAAUGAAGAAGGUAAGAAGACUCGGCUGCAUCAACGCAACAAGAGUGAAGCGAUAAGUGUUGGUAGUGGAGGGAGUGGUAGUAGUGGAGGAGAAUCUAGAAUAGCCGAGGAGUUUGAGAAUUACAAAAGUGGUGGCGGUAAUAAGGCUGGGUCAACUGGGAAACCAAAGAGACCGCUUAUGAGUUUUAGUCGAUCGACAUCGAAUCUCGAAGAGAUUAUACAAAAGGGCAGCAGUAGUACUUUGAAUCUAUUGAGAUUUAAGAAGGACCAUCACCCGGGACAUAUUCGAACGUAUUCCGGGAUCUGA